AUGUAUGGGGAGCGUGUUGAAUUCCCCAAUAUUGAGGAAUGCCUGGCGAUUCUGUCUGUUGCUUCUGAAAUGUCGGCCGAUGACUGCAUUAACAAAUGCAUGGAAUAUUUGGAAGCAGUUCAUUGGAGUGCCGAGGAGGAGUCCCAAAUUCGGAAAGUGCUCUCUUCUGAGGGAUUGGAAUUGAAAGUUUUACCAGAUUUAGCUGCCCGACUUCAUCAGGACGACGACGAUGACCAUAUAAAUUUUGUGGAGAAGAUGAUCCAAGAAAUGGUGUCUCUUAUCAAAGCCGGCCAAUCCAGUUUAUCCAAAAAUCGAGAAAGUGUGGAGAAGUAUUUAGCAGGGAUGUUAGAUGGAAAUACGUCUAGGGUUGUCGUGGACGUAUGCGGGCGUGUGCUUUUGCAAGAGUUCAAGGCAUCCAUCAAAUCUCUUGAUAUCUCGACUCUAAAGCGGCUUUUUAACCUUAUCCAGCACUGCAAUGGAGGAAUAGUAGAAGCUGCACUCAAGGCAUGUUGUGAAGAUAAAGCAUUAGUACAGCUUGUGUCCUCCUAUUUGCAAUAUGCUGAAGCUGUGUUAGACAUAGUAAUGUGGUUUAUGAAGGCCACAGGAGAAGGAAAGAUAAUAAUUCCACGAGCUUCUCGAGUUUCUUCUCUCACAACUUGGCUUCCCAUCAUGGGAACAUUCAGAAACCAUUCCUCACUUAGAAAUAAAUUUGAGGAACUUGAUAAAGCAGUGCUAAAGGUGGUUGAGAGCCUCCCUCAAGUGGACCAGAAACGUAUUUGUGUAGUAUGGGCAGAGGUUUACAGAUCACGUGAGAUCGACAUCGCUACGCCAUAUGCUUUGGCUGAAUAUAUGCUUGUCUAA